UUUUCUCAUUUGGUGUUGCAUAUUCUACGGCCCCGUCAACGCCAUUCCUCUGCCGUCGGCUUCUUAAGUUCUAAGCCCUUUUCAAGUUUGAACUCAGUAUCCAUAUUUCUCAUUCGAUUUUUCUCAUAUAUUUCUUGAAACAGCAGCUGCCAUGUCGAUCAAAACAGUCAAGGUCAGCAAUCUCUCUUUGGGGGCAUCCGAGCGUGACAUCAAAGAGUUCUUCUCUUUUUCUGGUGAUAUCGAAUAUGUUGAGAUGCGAAGUGAUACUGAGAGGUGUCAACUUGCAUUUGUUACCUUCAAGGAUGCACAGGGAGCAGAGACAGCAGUUCUUCUUUCGGGUGCAACCAUUGUGGACAUGACCGUGGAUAUUGCUCUGGACCCAGAUUACAAGCUCCCUCCAGCUGCCUCUGCACCACUCUUGCAGCCUUCAGAGGGAAAAACUGGAGGGGGUGCUGAAUCUGCUUUCCAGAAGGCGGAGGAUGUUGUGAGCAGCAUGCUUGCAAAGGGUUUUAUCUUAGGUAAAGAUGCUGUCAACAAGGCGAAGUCUUUUGAUGAGAAGCAUCAAUUAACUUCCACAGCAAGUGCUAAAGUUGCGUCAUUUGAUAAAAAAAUUGGACUGACUGAGAAGAUAUCUAUUGGUACUUCCAUAGUGAACGAUAAAGUGCGUGAAGUAGAUGAGAAACUCCAUGUUUCUGAGAAAGCAAAAUCAGCAUUUGCUGCUGCCGAGCAAACAGUUAGUAAUGCUGGAUCCGCCAUUAUGAAGAACAGAUAUAUCCUCACUGGUACGACAUGGGUAACGGGUGCUUUUAGCAAAGUCACUAAGGCAGCCGGGGAAGUCGGCCAAAAGACAAAGGAAAAAGUUGGAAUGGUUGAGGAUGAGCAGAGAAGAAAAAUGGUGGAUGACUUUGCUCAAGUUCAUCUAUCUGAGUCUCCUAAAUCACCUGAUUCUAGAGAACAGCAUUCAUCCAAGCCUGCUUCAGUACCUGGUUUAAUUCUCUGAUUUCUUUGCCUCAGUAAACAUUUUCAUGGUGCUCGGGUCCUGCAGUCCUUUAUACUAAUUCACCAAAUCACUGGAUGUGGUGAGUCUGGAAAAAUGCAUUUUAUUAUGUGUUUAAGAUGACUUUGUUCAGUGUCUUGUUUGUAGCUCUAGAAAUAUACAUCAAGUCACAACUCAAAUCCAUAAUAGAUUGCUGGUCUUGAAUCUUGAAUUGACUCGAGUAAUUAGCCUUCUCCCAUGUAGUUACGAUGGGCAAUACACUCGGGCUCACUUGAAACAUGUCAUGAUUGCUUAUAUUCCUUUUGGAUUGAUAUCUCUGUGGCAUUUUAUCAUCUUAA